AUGGAAAUUCUAAAGAAAUCAACCAUAAUUUCAGUAGAUAGAACGGUACCAAAAAAAGCAUCACCAAUAAUAGCAACUUUUCAAAAUGCAAAUUUAAAUAAGGAAAUUGCAAAUCAAGCUGUAUGUAAACGAGUAGCAACGACGAGUGAUGGAAGUAAAUAUGCAUUAAUAGCAACAGAAUCAAAUGUCUACAAGUCAGAUCUUUCAAAUGCAGGCAGUGAAUUCCAGGAUACAUACAUAGCAAUUCACAAUAGAAAGACAAAGGAAAUAAACUUAAUUCAGGUUGAAAAUGCAUCAUUUAAGCAUGUACUGUAUGAUGAUACAAGAUCCAGUUUCGAAAAUAAUGUUUUGGAUACUGCAAAAAUAUUAGCAAAGGAGUUUGCAGGCAAGAAAGGAGCAAUUGCGUUUGAAAGAAGUCUAAGAACUAAAGUUAAUUCAUCAAUUCUUGAAGAUACAGUCGAUAAGAUGAUGACAUCAGUAGACACAGACAAGUUCUUUGAAAAUGAUAUUUUAGGACAGUCACAAGAAGACCGUACUAAGUUCCGUGACUACAUUUUUCCAAAAAUUAAUCUUGAGUCAACGGAAGGCAAAAGUGUACGGGAAAUUUUCACAGUCAGCAACUUAAUUGGUGAUGAAAUGAUUGAGCAUUUAUCAGAAAUAGCUAUAGACAUCCUUAAUAUUGAGUCAAAGAACUUGCCGUUUACAAAUAAAUUCAUUAAAAAUGCUGUAAUAACAGUUCAGAACUCAAAAGUACCGGAAUCGGAUGACAAUUUAAAGAAAAUGGCAAUGCUCAUUUAUGCUGAAUCGCUAAUUAGUUUAAUUAAUGCCAAAUCAAAGUUUGUCAAUUUAACAGAACUUACAAAGUUCUCGAAUCAAUUAGCACAGGAUAUAAAUAAGAAAUUCUUCAUUGCUGGCUCAAAACAGGUAUCAAAUUUCACUAGACAAAAAUCAAUAGUAUUCUAUAUCCUCUUGACCCUAUUAAGUUCCGAUUCAUUGGAAGUAAGCCUUAAUGACAUUCUCGAUUCUGUUAAUUUAUCAAAGAAAGAGUUGGUAAAGUUUGCAUUUGUCAUUGGAUGUAAAACAAAAGGAGACCUGCUCAUGCUUAAGACUGUAGCUAAAUUGGACAAAGAUGCUACUUUUCAGGUUCCUUUAAUGAAAGGCAAGAAGGAAAAGAAAGGAAAGUGA